AUGAGUGUACAUGCUACAACUGCGGUGGAUUAUUUAAAUAAAUUUAAAUGCGCGUAUUGUAAGGACAAUUCGCAUCCUUUAUAUAAAUGUGAGAAGUUUAAUACGCUCACUUUAAAGGAACGAAAACAUUUCGUGGAACAAAAUAAACUUUGCACCAAUUGUUUAUUUAGUGGUCACGAAUCUAAAGACUGCAAGUCGCGCCAUGCUUGCCGCGUCUGCACUCAAAGGCAUCAUUCUUCAUUACAUGAAGAUGCGCCGCCUCCAAACGUCUUACUGACUACGGAGUCUUCUUCUUCCCCUGAGUUGCGCUCAGUAGCGGAAACCUUCACGCCCACUCCAUUACAUGGAGCUACGGGGCAUCCUUCUAGUAAGAACUGUACGGUCUUACUUACGACUGCGCUUGUAAACUUACGACCCUGGAACCAAGGGCCUUACACGCCGCGGUCCGUUCGCACCCUUGUGGAUCAAGGUGCGCAGACCACGCUCAUUUCUGAGUCGUGCGUCCAACGUCUCGGCCUGCCGCGGUACUCCGCGCCGCCGGGCACCACUCUCACCGGCAUUGGUGGCGAAGUCCAACCACGUGGUUACGUGUUGUGCGAGGUCACACCUCACAACAAACCCGAGCCGAAGCUUCACAUCGAAGCUUAUAUCUUGUCUGACUUGACAAGCUACAUUAAUUAUAUUCCUCAAUCAAUUGGGAAUAUUCGGAAGUUUCAACACCUUCAAAAUCUUGAUCUAGCGGACCCAGAGCUGCGCUCAACACGGCCUGUUGAACUGCUACUGGGAUCUGAUUACCUGGAUAGCAUACUGCUACUGGAUAAUAUCAAGGGCCCACCGGGCACACCCGUGGCCAUCAAUAGCAUUUUUGGUUAUUUGAUAGGUGGUAGAAUUUCAUAUGAAAGUAUGAAACGACUAAGUGUCAACUUGAACACUUGCCAACUUGACAUGAAACUUCAAAGGUUCUGGGAGUUGGAAUCCCUACCAGAACAUCCACAUCUUACAAAAGAUGAAUUACGCUGUGAGUCGAUCUUCGUCGAUACUCACACACGAGAUGCAAAUGGGAAAUAUACAGUUUCUCUGCCCUUCAAGGAGAACGCUCCGCCCUUGGGCGAUUCUCGUGCUAUAGCUCUCUCGCGUUUAACUAAACUAGAGGCACGCCUGUCUCGCGACCCUGCCUUACGUGAGAACUAUAACAAAGGUAUCCAAGAAUACUUAGACUUGGGACAUAUGGAGCCGGUCACUGACUCAGCGAGUCCUGGCACUCCCCCCUACUAUCUACCCCACCACAUUGUGGCUCAGGUUGGGAUGCUGCCCCUCCACAGGGUAUCUGUGACUUGUGGUUUCGGUUCAUCGACGAACUGCCGUUGCUACAAGAUAUUGCGUUACCUCGUCAUGUGCUUCCUAGCACACAUGAAGUGUCACUUCAUGGUUUUUCAGACGCAUCUGAAAAGGCGUACGCCGCCUGCGUCUACAUUCGUGUCGUUGACUCGAACGGUGCCAUUAGCACUCACCUUCUCAUAG